UAGGGGGGGGCUAAGGGGGGCGGGCAGGUGAGGACGGCACACAGCAAAACUCUCAGUGUGAAACUGACAUAACACAGUGAGUGUGUAUCCUCCUAAGACCCUGUAGGAAAAAAAAGUUAAAGUAUUUAAUUAUUUUUUGUCUUGGAUGAUUUACAAAAAAAAUGUUGCUGUGAAAAUAUAUUAGAAACAUGAUUUAUUUUAUUUCUAUUGAAUAUCGCUUGUAGUGUUCGCUUUCAGCACAGUAUAUAGAAAAUAUUGAUUCUUAAGAGAUUAAUACCAGAGACUCAUGUCCCCUACAGGGGACUAAAAAUGAAGUGAUGGGUCUUAGGAGGAUAUGAGUCCAUCGGAACCGUAGAGUUAAAAUUACUCUGUCAGAUUUUACAUUGAGUGCUCUACUGAGUGAUACGGAACAGGAGGGGGUGGUUGGAGGGGGGGGAGCAGGGGGGGAAUGCUGGCUCUUCCGGUUGAGUUUCCUCAUUCCCGUUUGGUCUUCACGAUCCAUUCCAUGCCUUCACAAGAUUUUAAAAAAUUUUCCUAUUUCUGACGCUGCACUUUUAGCCCCCCUCCCACCCCCACAAAAAAAGAAUGUCCUCAUUUUAUUUUAACUGAUCUCUGACUCACGCUUUCAAAUAGGUUGACGCACCUUUACGCACCUGACUAUGCUUAGCCGCAGAAGCAAAUGAGCUUGUGGUGGAGAUGAUCUUAGUGGAGGAGAUGAUCUGUCCAGAUCAAAACUCUCCUUUUGAGGCUCCACCUGCAGGAUCCAAACGGGAUCUACUGGAUCUCUUUUGCCUGCAUGUCGUUGAAAUCCUGCCAUCCUCCACUGGGUUCAUCUCCCCUUCCUUCCUCCCCUUUAAAAUUACUCCACGUGCAUAUUUUUAAUCUCAAUACACAGAGCCUUCUCAGUUUGGUUUCAUUUCCCUCAGGCACCGGUUUGCCUGCGGUCACCUAUCACUGCCAGUCACACUCCUUACCUCUGUUAAAAAUCCAAAUUUUGUACAAAGCAUGCAAGAGCUUUUUACAACACCAACCAGUAUCAAUUUUCACUUUUCACAAAAUACCUUUUGUUUAUUUAUUCAGUACUUGAACCAGUUUUCUUUUUUAAUUAUAUUAAAUUACCCUUUUGCAAGUGAAAAUGGAACAUUCCACCCCCUAACCCAAUCCCACCCCACCAAUCAUAAGGUGUGGGAAUGUACCGAUUCAUAAUGACAUCAUAAGUGGGGAGCGUUCUAAUGGUAGACAGAGGGUGAGCACCGAAACUGGGCGGAGCUUUUAUAUGCCAGUCACUGAUUUGAACCAAUCAUAGUGUUUUACUACUGAGAGCAAGCCAAAUGUUCUGAAUAGAUUAUGAGUCAGUGAUCUGGCAGCUCUACCUGCUUUGGGAUUCGUGGAGACUUCACGUUUUAUCAGGCCAUUAUUUCCCCUCACCAGGGGAGGGCUGGCUAGUGCCAGUUUUGCAAAAGCGUGUUUUGGCCGCAUUCCCAGAGGAGAUCAUUAUUUCCACACAUUUUAAACAGUACAGCCGCCCUAUCAGUGCUUACACGGGGGGGGGGGGGGGGGGGGGGAUCUGUGAUUGUUAUCACAGUGGCCACAUGGCAAAUUGAUGGACCCUUUUCUAUACUCCUGUCGUAGUUCCCUCGGUGGCUCACGUAAGUGAAAUUGGGGAGUAGGCACCCCUGGUCCUGCAGUGCCAGCGAUGUUUUCCCUUUUCGUUCCGCCCGAGCUGGACCUCCUGACUUUGAUGGAUUAUUAAGAGCUCGACUAUUCAGAGUAUAAAUGGUUAAUCCUGAGUACCUCCAGCGCAUGAUCACCGAUGUUCAUUAAACCUGAUAUUUAAUCCAAUUAUGUAUUUAUGGGUUUAGACGUUUAGAGUAAAAACCAGGAGUAUGUCUGGCACCCUAGUUCCAGGGUUGCCUACCCCCACAGUAGUUGUAACUGAAGAAAAUAAAAAGAGGAUUAAAAUGAUUCAGUUCAUUUGUAUCAAUAUAUAAUUUUAUUCUUCAACACGGGAGUUUAAAAAUGCCAUUCAAAUCUUCUAUUUUAACACAUGGGAAUAGUACACAAAAAGUGAUAUAUAUUUGUAUUCCAAACAAAAGCAGAUAAAAUAUUAGAAUAAGUGAUCACUUAAAACAUACGAUAAUAUAAUACAGAAAUAUGGAAAUGUUUGAUUUUGGUUUGUUUUAUAUUUUUUAAAACGCAGAAUAACAUAAAAUAAAGGUUUAUUUUUCUAACAGUUCCUUAAUGUAGGCUAAAUAAAGUGAAUUUGAUGAAAUUUGAAUUGAAUAAUAAUAAUGAAAUCAUUGAUCAGAUUAUUUCCCCCUGAUUUAUGGAACAUAAUUUUAUUCAAUCUAACGAUGAAAACACAUUUCUAAAAACACAUUUCAAUUGCAUGUGCAGCUUCCGUUAUGUUGUUCUGUACGCAUCUGAAUUGUGUAAUAAGGCAGGUUUGGAUCAUGCCGCAAUCCCGAACAUUGUAAAAGUAUCAGCGCAAACUGCACCGCACUGUGCUGCAUGGUGAAGCCUUGCAGUAAUGAGUAAACUUUGGGGACUGUGUAGCUCUGAAUUCAGAACCCAGCCGUACGUUGCCAUCCUGAAACACCGCGGUCUUCUUUACAGAAGGUUUCCCUGGCGAGACUCAUCAUACCUCAUACCACACGUGUUGUAGCCAUUCUUUAUAAUAACGGCCCGUUGGACGUGGUCUUUCCUCUUGAUCGUAGCGCCCGGCCGACACAAAACGUUCCCACAACGUUCGCCGCAACGUCGCCGCGAUGUUAUAACAUUGACGAAACGUUCCAGUAACGUUGUGAGAACAUCUCGUGUUAGCGGGCAGCUUAUUAGCAGUGAUGGGAGAAUGGUGAUGGGCGGAGCUACAAUUAAUUACCAAUCACUGAUUCGUUUGAGGCAAUUAAGAGGCUUUGAUCUCCAUAGCGCAGUGCAGGUAUUUGGCCACAUCAGUGAGGCACUGAAAACCUGUGGGAGGUCUGUGCAUUCUUGGUUCCUGAAGCCACAUUCUCCCAUCACUUGCUUACUGUGCUGUAUGUGUAUUCAGAUAUAUAUAUAUGAUUGAAAAGACUGGGUGCAAACAUUUUUGAAAAUGUAUGAUUAUGCCAAUGUGAUUUCUUUUUCUUUCUUUCUUUCUUUCUUUCUUUCUUUCUUUUUGAUGACACAUCUGUCCAGGGAUAUUGCCCGGCAGACAGUGAGACAUAAAAUACACGCUGUUCCAUUUGACAUGAAAUGUGCUGUAAUAAAUUAUGAAAUUACCUCGCAAUUAGACGUUCUGUUAAAUGAGUUUGGGCUGCUUUGCACAGUAAUGGUCUCAAAUGUUCUUUUGUACUUCUCAGUCAUGAUGUGGUUGUAUCGGACUUCUCUGUAUCUGAGAGUCAGUUGAUUUAAAUUUCAUUCCGUGUAUUUUUAAAAAUCGUACAGAUUUCAGUGUCUUCUACUGUCAAACAGGCUUCUGAGCAGAUUCAGUUUGCUUUACAGCUGAACCAUCACGAUGACCCUUCAUAUCCUCUGGGUCAUUCCAAUACAAUUAAAUCAGGGGGGUCAAACUCCAGUCCUGGAGGGCCGCAGUGCCUGCUGGUUUUUGGUGUGUUUCAGCACAAGUGAUUUAUUUAAGCCAUUGAGUGACUAAAGAAUCCACACACCUUGUUCUCAAGGCCUUAAUUGGCUGCUGAUUGAAAGGAAACCACAAAUACAUGCAGACGCUGCGGCUCACCAGGACUUAAGUUUGACACCCCUGAAGUAAACGAUUCUGCGUAUAACGGGAACUAUUCCUGGGGUUCUGGAGACCUGCAGGGUUUCGAGUGCUUUUCUCAUGCUUCUUACAAACCUUUUUCAAACCCAUAUACCAGGAGUGUCCAAUCUUUGCAGAAAUAGGGCCCAUGUAAUGCAGGCUUUUGUUUUAGUCCAGCACUAAGACACCUGAUUCAACUAAUGAAUAAUAGUUUUAAAUCAAGAUGCUGAUAAGUAUAAUCAGGCCGGUGUGGGUGUAAAACCUACACCCACACCGGCCCUUUUUGGAUAAGAUUGGACACCCCUGCAAUGUUUAUCAACUUUAUGCCUCUCCACUGGUAAUAGCCAUUUCUUAAUUCCGUCAAAGAAAGUCAAUCCUCAGUUAUGACAUACCUAAUGCCAGUUCAGUUUUACUUUCUUAUUUUUAUUUUUUCCCCUCCUGUUUUCAUUCCACAUUAAAACUCCAGACAGCAGGCCCCAAAAAAACCUGCAGAUCAGGAAGCAGAUCCAUUCUUUUUGUGCCAGCUUCUAACAAGCUCAGUCAUUUCUUGAGCAGACAUGUUUAUACCAUCAGACCAGCUGCAGCCAGACUGCACCAGCCCUUGGUAGAGCUGUUUUGCUGUGAUUUGUUAUAGAAUGAAAAUGAGCAUAUGUAUACAGCAGUUUCCAAACUAAGGCCAGCAGGCACACCAGCCCUCCAGGACAAAGAGGGAGAUCAGUAUUCAUGCAUAAUGAAUCUUAAUUAGCACUGUAGCCAAAAAAGAGAAGCCAACUAAGAGAAAAGUUCUUAAAAAAAACUCCACUCUGCCCAAAACUGUAAUUCAGGGGUGUCAAACUGCUGUACUGUAGGACCGCAGUGCUAGCAGGUUUCAUUCCAGUCCUGGCUGGCUGUAGUGUCUGCAGGUUUAACUAAGGUCCGGGAGGGCUGCAGUGUUUACUGGUAUUUGUAGUUUCUUUUCAAUCAGCAACCAAUUAAGGCCUUGAAAACAAGGUGUGUGGACUCUUCAGCCAAUCAGUGACUUAAAUUAACCAAUUGCUCUGAAACGCACCAAAACCUAGCAGACACUGUGGCCCUCCAGGACUGGAUUUUGACGCCCCUGCUUUAAUAGAAUUGGCCUUGUUAUCUGUGUGAGAUCAUGAAAAUGAUCACCAUAAAUGCUUAUCAUAAUGACUUAAUUGUUUUUCCUUCUGUUUCAUUCUUGCACCCCAUGUCAAAAAUAGCAUGUCUAUACUUGAGCCAUAAUUAUUUAAAUGUCUGUUAAACUUUAAGUAUGCUAAAUUACAUAAUCGUGUACUUCAGUGUAUUAACAUUGAAUUGAAACUAAGAAACCUCAAAUCAGUUUUUAAAAAGGAGACAUAUUCUCCCCCAGCCAAACUUGCACCUGAGGCCAUUCUGUGAGUAGAUGUGAAAGAGAAAAGCAUUUGGUCCGACAGAUCAGGUCUUUAUAUGUCAUUACUGCAAGGCCCGAUGAAGUUAAUUAAACAGAUAACCCGGGGUUCCUUUUCAAAAGCUUAUUGACCUUUUCCAGGAAGCUUACAUUUCAUUCCGCUUUCAUGCGCCGCACAUUGAAGGUGAAUUAUACGUUUGCUGUUAAUUGCUCCGAUGCGAUAGCUCAGUAAGAGCCCUGGGUGAUCUGUAAGGUGAGAGCGCUCUGCAGUGUGUGGUGUGAGGCAGGUAUUGAUUUUUCUCACCUGCUCUAUUAGUGUCUUUCUCUACUCCCUACCCCUGGGGAUAGCCGCUGACACAGCAGAAUCGCCCCCUGCGCAGGUUAAGAAACACCUGCCCUCUGUCCGUCGUAUUUACCCUAUCAUCACAUGACCCGAGGCUGUCAGUCUGAGCGCGCCCAGGUGCUUAGAAUGCCUGAGCUUCCUCAAGCUCUGAAUUUGUCUCUCGCGCCAACCGGUUUUAUCUGGCCACUGUAACGAAGACUUGCGAAUAUGCUUUAUUUAUUUUAUUUUUUCAUGGUUUUUAUUUUCUGCGGUUUGUGUUAUUACCAAACCGUUUCCAUGGUUUUCGGGGCCACCCAUUAUGUAAAAUUCAUUUAAAAAAAACAAAAACAGGAAGAGAAUGAAAAGUAUAAAGAAAGUGUGGGUAAAGUAUUUUAGUAUACUUAUCUGAAAUUUAUAUUUCUUUACUUAUUCAUUAUAUACAAAACAAAAGGAGCUCUGGGUAACAGAAAAUAAAUAAGUAGGUCUAUAAUUCGUAUUUCUACUAAAUGCUAAAUCAGGAGAUCCUGUGUUUUAAAUAUGGAAGGAGAAGGUAACGUGAGUCAAAUGGAACUCUAAUAAAACCUGUGUCUUCUAGUGUUUGAAAUGUUGUGAAUCUGCUUGUGCUGAAGUGCAUUUGAUAUUGUCAAUAUCGGCAUAUUGUUAUGGUUUAUCUACUGCAUGUGUUACGCCUAAAUACAGUACGUCAGCUAUGUUGCAGCAUCAUCUGUGUGGUUGUACAUAUUGUGGACCAAAAUACGUGAUAUUCUACUACACCACUGGCAAUAACAGAAUUGCAAUGCAGAUUUAUUUAGGGAUAUUUUUUCUACUUCAACCAUGGCGCAUGUUAUUAAAUGUGUAAUGAAAGUGGCCGAAUGCUAGGCAAUGCUAAUCUAAUCCUAAAUAUUUAUUAAAAUCUGCAAGGGGUGCUGAAAAUAAUGGCUUAUAAAUCCCCCCCAAAAAACGAAUUUGGUUCAAAUAGAUUGGUAUACAACAUGACUGGACUGAAACUAUUAUUCUCUGUAAUCAAAGAAUACAGUUUAUUACAGUUAUUUGCUAUAUAUUAGGCUUUGUAUUGUUACAGUUGCAGUAAAACAAAAUAUUUCACAUUCCUGCUUAGUGAAAACUUGUUGUCCUGGCUUUCCAAAAAUGGUUGAAUCCGUCUAAAUAUUCUGCCACUUAAUUGCAGUUCACCAUGUGUUUUUUGAAUAUAAGAAAUUAGCCUCUGGGUGGGGCUAAAAUCCUGGUCAGAAUGGGGGUAUUAUUUAACAAAUAUCAAAUGAAGCAGAUUCUGGGAGCAUUUAGAACCCAGGUCCUGGAGAGCCGCAGGGUUUGCUGGUUUUUGUUUUUACUCGGCACUUAAUCGAUCAAUUAAAAAGCAGUCGAUUACACCGUUAAUUCACCCCACCUGGUUUCUUUGGUUGUGGUAUUUAAGGUGAAAAUAAAAACCAGCAGACCCUGCGGCUCCUUGGGACCAGGGUUGGCCACCCCUGAUUUAGCGCAUUGAUUUCAUGACUUGAGCCAGCGUUAUUAACAUAAUUAAUUACAUUUAUUUGCAUGCUCUCAUUUUGCCACUGGAUGCCUAAUUCCCCUGCCAUAGAAAUACAGGGUUUCAGUGCCACCUACUGGCCAUAAAGUGAACGUCGCCGUGACGUCACACAAGCAACAACAGAUUCUGAGCGAGCACACAGCCCCUUUAAUCGAGACCCCAGGAGUGUGCAGUGGAGGUAUUGGAGGUUCCCUAUCAGGGUUUCCUGACCCAACCACCACCCUCCCCCUCAGAAUAAGCCAUCCUGUCUUAUUUGCGGGGGGGGGAGUUCAGACAACAAAUGGGUCGGCCCCGCCCCUCACUAUCAAGACGUUCUCAGGGUAGGGGGGGGUUUAUCGCGAACCAGAGAGCGCUCCACCCCGCUGGCGAGCACGGGCACACAGUGUGCGAGAGGGAGGAACUGCAGAGUCACCCGUCCUGCUGAGGAACGCUGACUCACCCAAGGGAGGUGGGGCAGGAACAAAGUGGCUCUUUCUUUUCUAGAGCUGUCUGCUGAGGGGAUGUUCAAGGAAAAUGCUCAGGCUUUGCACAUCUGGCCGCUGUACGGAACAGCAAGGCCCCACUUCCAGCUUCACAUUCCACAGCUGUGCGGAGAGAGAGAGAGAGAUGUAGAAGGAGCAAAGGGAAGAUAACGGAAAAGAAAAGAGCAGAAAGACAAAGAUAGACAAGACAGAGAGAGAGAGAGAGUGAAACGCAGGAGUGAAGGAAGAAGAUAACGGGAACAACGGAGUAGGAAGACAAAAAUAGAAGAAGGAGAAACAGUGAGAGAGAGGGGGAAAGGGUAGGCAAGAAAAAAUAGUUUCUGGCAGAAAAGACAGCAAGCCUGAGCAAAAAAAAAUGGCACGCUUCCUAAACUCCACACCCCCCUCAGGCCGGGAGCGAGUCACCAAGAGACGUCUGUUCCUCGCCUGCUUGGCCUUGUCUGGAUUCAUCUACUUCCUGCGAAGCCGAAAAGCGGGGGUCUCGUCGGCCCUCUCCCGGGCGGAGGAGGGGGAUAACCCGGGACAGGCGGGGAACCCGGCGGACCUCCUGAACGAGACGUCGUGGCGCGCGCCGGUGGUGUGGGGCGACAGCGAGGUGUCGGAGCGCCACCGGGAGGCGCAGUCCUACCGCACCUUCCGCGUGGGCCUGGCGGCGUUCGUGGUGGGCCGCUACUCCCAGCACCUGCUGCGCUUCCUGGUGUCGGCCGAGCGCCACUUCCUGCUGGGCGAGUACGUCUUCUACUACAUCCUGACCGACAACCCGCGGGCCGUCCCGGACCUGGAGCUGCCCGAGGGCCGCGAGCUCAGGCCCAUCCACGUGGGCGAGAUGCCCGAGUGGAGGCGCCUGUCCCGCGUCCGGAUGUCCCGCCUGGCCGAGGUCAUCAAGGACCGGAUCCAGAAGGAGGUGGAGUACAUCUUCUGCAUGGACGUGGACCAGGAGUUCGUCAACCCCGUGGGCACGGAGAUCCUGGGGGACCUGGUGGCCACCCUGCACCCCGAGUACUGCGGGAUGCCCCUGGGCACCUUCCCCUACGAGAAGGACGAAACGUCGCAGGCCUUCGUGGAGGCGGGCGAGGGCGACUUCUACUACACCUCGGAGCUGUACGGGGGCCUGUGCGCGGAGGUGUACGCCAUGGCGCUCACCUGCUCGCAGCUGAUCCUGCAGGACGGCGAGGCGGGCUUCCACGCGCUGCGCUACGAGGAGAGCUACCUGAACCGCUACCUGGUCAACCGCCGGCCCACCUGCGUGCUCUCCCCGGAGUACAGCUGGUGGGACUCCCCCCGCACGCUGGAGGUGCCCGUCCAGCGCGUCGUCUCCAUCGGCCGCCAGUGCGCCGCCCUGGAGCCCCAGAAGAGGGAGGCCAAGAGGUGCUGA